GAUGUCCCAGUCCAAAAAAGGUUUAAUAUUUCCGAUCCGGCCCGUUAAAGCCCAAUUUCUUGCUCUCAUUCCCCUCGUUUGGAUUCCCGACUUCCGGUUUCCACGAUUCCCCUUUCCCGUAGCGACCCCAGGUCUCCGGCGAGCGAGUCAGACAGAUUCCUCCGCAGACAGCGUCUCCUCCACAGGCCUCAUCCCUCAGCGCCGCCCUCCAGUCUAGCAUCAGGCAGGCAGCGGCGCCGCAGCAUCCACCCCCUCCAGAACACGAUGCCCCAUUAACAGUAAUAUAUCACAAAGCAAACCGGACAUUCAAGCAUUAGACCUGAGGGUCAUUUGGUUACAAUUCACGUAUCUAUCAGACUUCCUUUUAAGGAAUACCUAAACCUCUAGUGCUGAUUCCAAGAAGCAAUGGUUCGAAAGCGGUUUCAAGAUGCUAAAACGGGGUUUGUGGCAUUGAAAUCAUUCCGCAAGGAGAAAGUAUUGGAGAAAAUCGGGCUAGGGAAGGAGGACCGCUACUUCUGGCAGCAAUUGAGCAAGGCAUUGCUGUGCACCUACACAAUUGCCGCCCUGGCAUGGGUUUAUAACGAGACAUCGCCGCUGGGGUGGUGGACCCUGAAACCUAAGCCCAAGGAAGAAAGGGAGCUGGCCCACCUCUAUGAGCGGCGAAGGUUUCCGUAUCCAGGGGAUGAUGAGGCCAUGGAAGAGUUCAUUGCGAAUGGGGGGAUGAUCGGUACAACCAUUGGGCCCAAGGGGCUGAUUGAGUCGGAUAACGAUUCUUAUAACUAUGAGAAAGCAUUGCAGGACCAGAAGAUGGAGAAGGAGGCUCUCAAGCUGUGGGUGAGGAUGAGGAAUGAAGUCAUCUCUGAACUCCAGGAUAAAGGGUUCGACGUCGAGUAAGAUGAUGAGGUCGCUUUGCUGUACUCGUUGCUGUUUCUACAGGUAAAAUCUUUUUUGUGAUCAACUUUGCCCCUUUGUGAAUCUCAUUGACAUGAUGGUCUUGUUUGGGAACAAUGUUUUGGGAAAUUUUGAAAUGGUGCCGAUUAACUUUGGAAAUGCUAAAGCUAAACGCCGCCAUGAGAUAGCCUUUUUCAAAACGCUAAAACUAGUUGCGGAAGCUUUUCCCAAACGGGCACGCACAAUAAAUGGCUGUAUUGGAAGUGUUUGGUGUUUUGUGAUCUGAGCUUCACAAGUCACAACAAUACACUGUUGUUAUGUUUUUUUGGAAAUGGCAAAGUAAAGAAACUAUCAAAUU